CUAAGAACAAGAAAAGCUACACAGAGCAGCAUGGCGGUUGACAUGAGAUUACCAGAAAUUAGAAAAACUGUCUCUUUAUCAGUUUCUAACGAAGACAGGAGGGAUUUAGUCGUGCCUGGUGAUGUGAUCACUUCAGACUCUGGUUUUAUGAGGGGCCAUGGCACUUAUGUCGAUGAGGAGAAACUCACUGCUUCUGUGGCUGGAGAGGUGCAGCGAGUAGACAAGCUGAUCUGUGUGAGACCACUCAAGACCAGGUUCAAUGGUGAAGUCGGUGACGUGGUGGUUGGCAGGAUCACAGAGGUACAACAGAAGCGAUGGAAGGUGGAGACAAACUCUCGACUGGACUCCGUUCUCUUGUUGUCCUCGGUCAACCUACCCGGAGGAGAACUGAGGAGAAGAUCAGCAGAAGACGAGCUCACCAUGAGGGAGUAUCUCCAAGAGGGUGACCUCAUCAGUGCAGAGGUGCAGUCGGUUUUCUCAGAUGGAGCUUUGUCACUUCACACUCGCAGCUUAAAGUACGGCAAACUGGGUCAGGGAGUCCUCGUACAGCUUUCUCCGUCUCUCAUCAAACGUCAAAAAACACAUUUCCACAACCUCCCGUGUGGCGCCUCCAUCAUCCUUGGUAAUAACGGCUUUGUGUGGCUCUAUCCCACACCGGGACACCAGGAGGAGGAGGCUGGGGGCUUCUACACCAGCCUGGAGCCUGUCAGUUUAUCUGAUCGUGAGGUGAUCUCGCGGUUGAGGAACUGCCUGCUGGCUUUGGCUGCACACAAGGUCCUCCUGUACGACACCAGUGUUCUCUACUGCUACGAAUCGUCACUUCAGCACCAGGUGAAGGACAUCUUGAAACCGGAAGUGACGGAGGAGAUUGUAAUGCUGACACAGCAGAAGCUGAUUGCACAGGAAGGUUAAAUACAGUAUGAUCUACACCAGCAGCUGAAUCAUAUGCUGACCAAAUAAAUGGAGCAUUUCCCCCCUUUUUUUGGCUGUUCCAUGCUUUUAUUUAGUCGUGCUGUUCAAGACAAAAACAUGUAAGGCUUCUAAUUGUAUGCUUUUGUAAAAAAAAAAAAAAAAAAAUGCUUUGUACAAUAAA